AAAAAUCAAAACAAAACAGUCAAACACGCUACAAACAUCGCUGCAGAUCGGUUUUGGUGCACGGGGGAAGCAAAAUGUCGUUUAUUUUACGCCCGCGACGUUUCCUCGGCCCGGACACAUUUGCGCUCGUCCGGGCGGGGCUGUGCCCGGUUCGAGCCGGCUCGGUACGGCCGGCCAUUGUGCCCCAUCAACAACAGCUGCACUGCUGGACGCCUCUCAACCGACCGACGGUGCCACUGCUGCUAUCAACCGCGUUACACAACCAGCACCAUCAACCGGCGCGCGCAAAGUCGGGCAAACGGUCCGGCAAACAGCAGCCGGCGGCCUCCGACGAUCUGGACGAGGAGGCAGAGGACGAGCUGGCCGGCAGGGAGGACGAGUACGAGGAGCUGCUCGGAGACAAGCACACGCGCACGGUGCGCGUCACCGUCAACUCGAUGCGGGCGGAUCUGCUGCUCAAGGCCGGGCUCGGCAUCGCCCGGAACAAGGUGGAAGCCCUCUUCUACGACAGCAAGAUACGGGUGAACGGGAAGCGGCUGCUGAAGAAGAGCGCACAGCUCGAGGUGGAGGACGAGAUCGAUGUGGUGCGCGGUCCGAGCCCCGCCAACCCGGACCAUCUGGUCGUGUCGCGGGUGGAGAUAGUGGCGGUGACGCCCCGCACCGAGAACCUGUCCGUGACGCUGCGGCGCCACAAGUCGCUGGUGAUCGAAAACUACAAGGAGCACGGAUCGUACGGCGAGGGGCAGGACAGAUAGGACGCGACGGUGGUGUAGUUAGAGUAGGCAUGCGAGCGAAUCGGUCCCUUAAGGACUUCAGACGGACAACAGGUAGGGAUUAGCUGAACCAGAAGAGGCGAAAAGAAGCGCUUGUGAGUAACGGAACGCGAAUAUACGUAUGUAUUGAUAGGUUAAACGAAAGGUUUGCAUCGAUAAACAAUUUUUACAUUGGGUAGAUAUUAUUUUUCUUUCUUUUUUUCGGAAAACACCAAACUAGUGUUGGGUUUCAUGAAUCUUCCGUUGAGAUUCAUUCAUAUGAAUCUUCAGUGACGAGUGAUUCGAAUCUCGUGUCGAAUCUUCAAAGAUUCACAAAUGUUCAAAAAUUCAUGAAUCUCCAAGUAUUCACGAAUCACGAAAGAUGAACAGGAUGGCCAUUCAACCGGGAAUUAGCCGGGAAUUUUAUUUUUCCGGGAAAAACCGGGAAAUUCUUUAAAAAAAAAAAACGGGAAAUUAUCAAAAACUUUUGCUAUCACUGUUUACCAUCGUACUAAGUGCAUUUUCAAUUAAUGGGAUGUUUCGUAUAUUGUUCCCAACUUACCACAGGCCAGCAACAUCACACCAAUGUUUAAGAGUAACAUUUUCCGUUUCUCACAUUUGGUACGCAAUAUAUGUACUAUACUACUCAUUCGCACUGGUGCAAUACUUACGUUCACUGAUAUCGGUUAUUGCACAUUUCGUUCUACCGUGCACUCGUCUUUUGUUUUUCAUCUCUCGUGAAGUUGCGGUCGUGUCGAAUUUAACGGUGGAUUUAGUGGGCGAUCCCAAUUUUUUAACACAGCUGAUAAUUUUUGUCCCUUUUAGCAAUUUUAAGGUUGUACAUUGGCAUUUUGCAUUUUGGUUUCGGGUCUCUACCUUCAUUCCGCCCGGGUGACUGUGUUCCCAUUGUCGCUUCUGCAGUUCGAUCGUUGCUCCUUUGUUUUAUUAUCACAUAAAGUACACUUUCCGUAAAACAUAUUCAAGAAAGUGUCCCAAAAUUAAGAAACCCACUGAAAUGUCCUGUAUCUAUUCGUGAGAUGCAUCAUCAGCGUCGUGCUAGUAACAGCAUAUUUGAAUGGCUGCUAUUUAACAGGAAAUCCGUUCUUCGCAGAUUUCUAUGCUUUCUCCAGUGGCUGGUUGGUCCAUGACUUCCGGUUACCCUUUUUUAAGGUUGUGUGAUGAUAUCUGUUAAUCAACAAUUGAUAGCAGAUGAAAAAUAUCUAUGCCACGGGGUAAAGUCAUACGUUAGUGUCAUGAUGCUAAAGCACCAAAAAGCAAUAUUUGUAAAGCUUUUUUUGUUCGUUGUUUCAUCAGUUGUUAGCUCGUAUAAAACGUCAGAAAAUGCAGAGAAGAAUGCAUAUUUAAAUAGCUUAAGCUCCAUAAUAGCCAAAUUAGAUCCACAAACAAGAGCACGAUUGACAAUUUGUUUGUACAAAUUUGAUAGAAAUCACGUCAAAAAUGGUUCUUAACUGUGUUGUCACACCUCCAGAUUGGAAAUUAUAUUGUUGAAUAAUUCACUAAUAACUUUUAUCCAGUUUUUAUGACCUUUCCCGUAAUGACCGCCGUAAAGUGUCCAACUUUCCCGUAAUGACAUAAUAAUUUGGAAUUUAAGUAUCGAUAAAACCGACAGACGAAGCAUAGUGAACCGGGAAAACUCCAAAAAAAAAAA